GCCCUUCCCCACCACGGCCACCAGUAGCGGCGGAGACUUGCUGACUGCGUGGAUUCCAGAGCCCAGUCGGGGCCCAGAUGCGGCGUUGGAUCUCCAUCGGCUGCUCCGAUAAUCCACCAGCCCCUAAUGAAAGUGCUGAUGUUUCCGUUCGACACGAUCGCGAUUAGAUGAGCACUUGCAGGGGGACAAUGGACGGACAUUGGUAGCACAUUGGAGACAUUCGCUGGGAUUCGUCAGUAUCGGAAAUUAAUUUGUAACAUGCUCUCAUUCGGGAACCGCAAGCCACACGCAGAUAAUGGAACAGGCCUGAUUGUCAUGUUUUGUUUAUACAUAUCUGUGUGGAGUUUCAUAAAUGGCAGAACGGCCAGGCCCGGACCCGCCCUUAUCCUCGCCCGGAUCUGAGCCCUCGAAGGCCACAGAUGACGUGACGUGUCCCACUUGAGGCCUCCACUUGAGUUCGGCUCCGUUAAUUUUCCACCCAUCGGCCGGCGCGGCUCCUUAUCAAGCAAGUGAAACAAAUGGCUAAAAGAGUCCUCUGCCCUAUGCAAAUCCGCCACACGAUAACAAAUACAGGGUCUAUAAAUAAACAAAUCGCUGUUUGCUCGCCAUUAGCUGUGUAAUUUUAUGCAGAUAAUAAAGCGGUUACGGCGAUAAGGAGGCCCAUGUAAGAGGCUAGAGGUCGCCGCGGCGCAGUCUGCCCGGACAAUAUUACAAAGGAGUCUUGGAGGCGUCUAUCAACUGGAGAGUAACAAUCCCCGAAAGGCGUUCCUCACCGAAUAUGAUACAAACUCGAGAUAAAUGGAAAUGUAUGCCGGAGAAGUACGAAAACAUCAUAUAUGCCUGGGAUAAGAUAAGGACUCGCAAACAUCAGGUGCUUCUAGUCUGGAGGGAACUGGAAACGCCAAGUCGCCGGUAUUGGUGCAACUCCGCGCCACAAUGGAACUGAUUCAAGACACAUCACCAAAAAUAGGCAACAGUCAUCGGUUCCUGGAUAAGAUUGGCGAAGAAAGGAUCUAAUCGACUCGCGCUGGUCACUCCAUGCGAUGGAUGUGGGACGAUAGUGCAGACCUUCGAAUGGAGAUUUCGAACGAGGCAAAGAUCAAGUGGGGUUUGGACGCAUUAAAGGGGCAGGAAAAUAUAUCCGCACAUGUUUGUGACGCUGGGUUUUCGGCAGUGACGAAAGUGCCGAAAGAUAAGAUAUCGAAUGUGAAUACGCAUACAUGUACGAUAUGUGGUAUGUGGUGACAAGGCCAAUGACCAAUGCGAUCUGGAGACCGCUCUGCUGACUCAAGACGUUCUGGACGGUUCUGCUCACCGCUUUAUGGAUGCAUAAAUAGUAUUGCCUGUCAUUGCCGGAUGGCCGCAAGUUUGUGGCCCAACUUUGGGGUCCCGAUUGGGAGUCGGAACUUAUCUGGGAAUGCUUUCGUUAUGAUCGAGUCGGUUAUUCGAGUCUCGCCCCAUUAUGUCUGUCGUAAAUAUAUAGACCGAGUUCUCCGCCUAUCGGUUCCAUUUCGAAUCGGCGAUAAGCUCCAACACGUCUGCCUCUUGCAGCGUUCCCUGAUCCGAUCCGCAACUUGAUAUUUUGGAUUAUAAAACUGCCAAUUAAAAUCAUAUUUGAGCUAGUGCCCUGGAAUCUUUAACUGGGCUCGUGUUAAUCUGGCUUCGAGCACCCAACCGAUAGAAAAAUAAUUUAGUUUAUGGCCCUCUCGUCUGGGCCCGGCGCUUGACUCUACCGGCAAUAAACCCGACCGUGUGACCAGUGCACACCGGACUGGAUCCGGAGAUCUGAACCCAACCGCGGAGGCCAGAAGAACAACCAGGAGGAGUUGCAGGCGUCACUCGUUGGAGGCGCCGGCACUAAGACCUUUUCCGAGACGCGAGCGCCCAGCGGAACAGUCGCCACCACGACGUCGACAUCACAGCCGCCGCCGCAAGCUGCGCCGCUGUCACCAGCCGAGCACUUGGACGCCAGCGCCGACGAUCGCGGGCGUGUCUACAAGCUGAGAAAGAAGAAAUACCUAGACGCGGCGCACAUAACGUAGGCAGGAGUGGAGAAGUUCGGAGGAAUCAACGGAAUUGGGUCGGAGACGGAACUGGAAGGAAACCAAAGCUAAAAAAGGUGCUAAAGCUACACAACGGUGCGAGGAGUUGGGAUUGGCCACAUAGAGCUUAUAGCCACACCAAAAAGGAGGAGAUCAUCGAAAUCCAAAGCAAAGCCAGCAAGAAGCAAAACGAUGCCUGUGCAGUCGCCCAUCGAGAUCAGUAACCGUGCAAUUGAGCACAUAGACGAUGUGGACCCGCUGGAGUACCACGGCCACUGGGAGCCAGUGGGCGUGGCUCGGGUUCAGAACACAGGUACCUCCGCGAUGGUCACCUUCAGCAAGCGAAAGCAACAGCCGUAUAUCAUCGGUGGAGCGCUGGACACCAACAAGUACGUGUUUGAACAGCUGCACUUUCACUGGUCGGACUCGGACGAGUCCGGGUGCGAGCACACUCUUGAGGGCAUGAAGUACUCGAUGGAGGCCCACGCGGUCCACUACAACGCCAAGUACAAGGACUUCACCGAGGCCAAGAACAAGCCAGACGGCCUGGCCGUGGUGGCCUUUUUUAUCCAAGCCUGCGGCGAGAAGGACUGUCCAGAAUUCAAGAAGAUCACCGAGGGCAUCCGGAUUGUGCAGAAGAUCCAUACGAGUGCUUCACUGGAUUCCGAUUGCCUAUCGUGGAUUGGACUGCAGGAGUUGAGCAAACACUAUUACACAUACAAAGGAUCUUUGACGACGGCGCCGUACUUCGAGAGCGUCACCUGGAUCAUUUACCGCACUCCCAUCUACGUGUCGCGCGGUCAGGUCAGUGUAUUUCGCAACUUGCAAUCUUGUCCCAAAGACGAAUCCAAAAAGAUAGUCAACAAUUAUCGAGAGAUCCAACGCCCCCACAAGGAUCCGGAGAUCUUUUUCGCGCGCAACACCAACCCGAAGUCCAAGUUAUGAUGUGCUUGCCAUGUGGUCAUUCCCCCCUCUUCCGCGCCGCUUCCCAUUGCCCCCAACCCGCACCUGCUCCCCUAAUUCCAAUCUCCAAGAUUUCUCCGCCCACGAAAAGCUAUAUCUCCAUGCAUACUACUAUUGUUUAUGGUUGUCUGUCAGCUGCGUUUGUUAAUUGCCUCAUGUACAUAGGGUUAUAUAUAACUAAUAUACAUAUAUAUUAUAAUAUAUAUAUUCAUACUUAUACAAAUAAUCGAAGUAGCUACGAUACGUUAACGUGUAUGAAUUCAUUUUAGUCAGAACACGCAGUUGCCUUGCAUUGAAUAUUUCAGAGAAAUAUCGGGCACAACUACUUAAGACAUCUACAAGAGACAUAAAUUUACCACUUAAGCUUAAGUUAAAUAAAUGGUAAAAGCGAAAAGAAUGAAUAAGAAUGAGAGAGCAAGUCACACACGUACACAUCUUUUCUAUGUCAAAACUGAAUUUUUUUUAAUGUAUUAUAGAUGAUCGAACCGUAAUUGUUUGUAAGAGCUCUUACCCAUUCGUGUGUAAUUUUUUUCGUGAUUAGUUGUAACUAAUAAACAAGUACGCUGAUAACUCCUACAGUCU